AUGAUCGACAUUGGCAUUGAUAAGGGCUGUGGGAUUAUGCUUUGUCUCACUGUUAAAGAUGAUGUGGAAGACGACUGCCGGGAAAAAUUUCCACCAGUCGGCCUUAUGCUGACAUCGAAGUUGGAAGGUUUCUGCAAUCGAAAGUUUCUGCUGAAACGACUGCCGAUUCUCCAGUGGCUGCCGGAGUAUGAAGUCAACUAUCUUGUGGAAGACAUCGUGGCUGGACUUUCGGUAGGCUUGACCGUGAUACCUCAAGGCAUUGCUUUCGCUGUGAUGGCUAACCUGGAACCACAGUAUGGGCUGUAUUCGGCGUUUAUGGGAUGCUUCGUGUACUGUGUGUUUGGCAGUUGUAAGGAUCUGACCAUUGGACCAACGGCCAUCAUGGCACUGAUGGUACAAGUGUACGUUGGCAGUCUCGGAGCAGAUUUUGCCAUUUUGCUGACAUUUUUGACCGGUUGUAUUAUCCUCAUGUUCGGGCUGUUGAACUUAGGAUUUUUGGUACAGUUCAUAUCGAUGCCGGUCACUGCCGGGUUCACGUCUGCCGCUGCAAUAACGAUUGCAAGCGGACAGGUGAAAUCACUGCUAGGAUUGCCGGGACGCUCGAACGAAUUUGUCGAUUCGUGGGUUAACGUGUAUCGACACAUUGGUGAAACUCAGGUGUGGGAUGCAAUGCUGGGCUUGGUGACGAUCGUAGUACUUUUGGUGUUGCGUAGCUUGCGAGGCAAAUGGUCUGCGGUAGGCAAAUAUCUUGCCCUCUCACGAAAUGCAGUUGUCGUCAUUGGAGGUGCCGCGUUGGCAUAUUACUUUUCCACUGUGGGAUGCACUCCUUUCUCUUUGACUGGUGCAGUCACGCCAGGUCUACCACCACUGGGACCACCACCGUUCACGACGGUACUUCAGAAUCAGACGCUCACAUUCGGUGAAAUGACAUCAAAGCUUGGCUCAUCGAUUAUAGCGCUUCCACUGAUCGCAAUCCUGGAGACGAUCGCUAUUGUAAAAGCUUUCUCCAAAGGCAAAUCCAUCGAUGCAACACAAGAAUUGGUCGCCCUCGGAAUGUGCAACAUUUUCGGCUCGUUCGUAUCGUCCAUGCCGAUUACGGGAUCGUUCACUAGGUCCGCGGUGAAUAAUAACAGUGGUGUGCGAACACCGCUCGGUGGAAUAGCGACCGGUAUAUUGGUGCUGCUAUCGUUGGGACUUUUAACGGAAACGUUCUACUUCAUACCAAAAUCCGUUCUAGCCGGUGUAAUGAUAGCGGCAAUGUUUUUCAUGAUCGAGUUUCACGCCGCCGUUGAAAUAUGGCGAACAAAAAAGGUAGACAUCAUACCGUUCAUUGUGACGCUGGUGUCGUGUCUGCUCCUAGGUUUGGAGUACGGCAUGUUGAUUGGUAUCGCGUUGAACGUCUGUUUCGUGUUGUAUAUGACGUCACGGCCCAGGAUUGAUCAGGCACUGCUUCGUACGAGGUCCGGUGUUGAGGCCAUGGUCAUAAAACCGGAUCAAAGCCUUAUCUACUCCUCCAUCGAAUAUCUCAAGCAUGAAAUAGUGAAAAUGACGGAUAAGACUCAAGUGGCCACCGUGAUAAUCGAUGGUAGCAAUGUCAGCUAUGUCGAUUCUACGGCCGCCAAAAUCUUUUCGAGCAUCGUCGAAGAAUUGGCCCUGCGAGGGCGUACGGUGUUGCUGUGGAAUUGGAACCGAUCGGUCAAGUGUACGAUGAUACGGUUAAACAAGGAACAGUUUUACCCACUAUUUAAGCAUGGCGGUCUAGAGCAGCUAGAUAAGGAGAUUUGCAGUGAAAGUAUACCCUAG